CUAUAUAAUUAGACGGGGCUGCUUUGACCUGCUAGAUAAGAGGAAGCCAUUCCUAUUCCGAUUUCUAUAUGUGCAACUCUAUAAAACGCUGAUGUGGCCAAGUCUGGGCAACCAGAGACCAACUGAAGUUCCAAUUGAAAUGAAGUAUCUUUGUCUGUUUGCCAUUCUGCUCUUCCUGAGCCUGUCCAGCAGGCGUUUUUGGGUCCAGGCCAAGCCGGAGAUGUGCCAGCAGCCGCCUUCGAUGGUAGGCAUGGCCCAGGAUGGAGCUGCCUGCAUGGCUUUCAUGCCCGCCUGGACAUACGACGCCUCCAAAAAUGCCUGCUCGGAGUUCGUCUUCGGUGGCUGCGGUGGAAACUCCAACCAGUUCUCCUCCCAAAGUGAAUGCGAGAAGGCCUGCAAGGACUAAGGGGAUCUCGGGCAAACCCAUGCCCUGAAACACUACAGUUUUGUAAGCUGAAAACCAAAACAAAUAGCCGGCAAUCUUGUUUUGAAAACAGGCAAACAAAAUGCAAAAUAAACUCAACUACAAUAUCAA